GCAAUUGCGACUUGACCAUGAUUAUCAGCUGAGAUUGUGCCUACAUAGCCGUGCCAGUUCGUGCCCCAUCUCGAGGAUUUUAAUCUCCAUCAUCGCGUUGUGCCAGAGACUCCAAUGCCUUCAGUCCCAUCCAGAGCCGUCAGCAUGGAACCCCGUUGCCUUCCCCCCAACACAACAUUGAUCAAAUUCCAAGAAUUCUGUUUACGCGCCAAAAGUUUGUGCGGCGAAGAGAAUCUCGCAAUCAUUUCGAAGUCAACUGAGCUAAUCGAUGGCGACUAUAUGAACCCGUGCAAGGCGCACGACAUGCACUCCCUGUUCGAACGCGACGCUUUCGUUGCUUCCGCUGUCAUUUGGCCCCGCGACACGCCCGAAGUGCAGAGCAUUGUGCGCCUGUGCAAUGAGUUCUCUAUGCCACUAUGGCCUUACUCUGUCGGCCGUAAUACGGGCUACGGCGGCACCGCGCCCAGAGUAUCGGGAAGCAUUGCAAUGGACCUCGGCAAGCACUUGAACAAGAUCUUGGAUGUGAACGUCGAGGGAGCGUAUGCGCUUGUGGAGCCGGGCGUUACCUUCAUGGAUCUACAUGAGUACCUCAUGAAAAACAAUCUGAGGGAACAUCUUUGGGUCGACGUUCCAGAUCUCGGCGGAGGCUCGAUCAUCGGGAAUGCUCUCGAACGCGGAGUUGGCUACACGCCUUAUGGAGAUCAUUGGAUGAUGCAUUGCGGCCUCGAGGUUAUCCUUCCUGACGGCGAGCUCAUGCGGACUGGAAUGGGAGCACUUCCGGACCCGACGAUAGAAAAGCCUGGCGUUCCACCUCACGAACAACCUGGUAAUCGCUGCUGGCAACUCUUCAAUUACGGUUUCGGCCCAUACAACGACGGCAUUUUCACGCAGAGCAGCUUAGGUAUUGUGGUUAAAAUGGGUAUCUGGUUGAUGCCAAAUCCUGGUGGUUACCAGGCAUACAUGAUCACAUUUCCUCGAGACGAUGACCUUGAGGCUAUCGUGGACAUCAUUCGGCCGCUCCGACUGCAAAUGGUCCUGCAAAAUGUGCCGACGUUACGCCACAUCCUUUUGGAUGCAGCUGUCGCAGGCAACAAGUCGUCGUAUACGCAGAAGGAGGGUCUGUUGAAUGAUGCUGAGCUAGACGAUAUUGCGAAGCGUCUAGACCUUGGCCGAUGGAAUUUUUAUGGUGCUGUCUAUGGGCCAGAGCCGAUUCGCAACAUCCUCCUGGAAACCAUCAAGAAGGCCUUCCUCGCAGUCCCCGGCUCGAAGUUCUUCCUGCCCGAAGAACGUAAUGAACCAUUCAGUGUUCUGCGCACGAGAUCCAAGACACUGCAGGGGAUACCGACAAUUGAUGAGCUACGAUGGGUCAAUUGGCUGCCGAAUGGAGCCCAUUUGUUCUUCUCUCCCAUUACGAAGAUUUCUGGGAAGGAAGCAAACCUCCAAUACGAAGUAACCAAGAGCCGUUGUGCGCAAGCUGGUCUCGACUUCAUCGGCACAUUCACAAUCGGAAUGCGAGAGAUGCACCAUAUCGUAUGCAUCGUCUUCGAUCGAGAAGAUCCCGAGUCCCGACACAAGGCCCGAUGGUUGAUUCGAACGUUGAUAAAGGACUGCGCGGCCUACGGUUGGGGCGAAUAUAGGACACACAUCGCGCUCAUGGACCAGAUUGCGAACACUUACAGCUUCAACGACAAUGCCCAAAUGAAGUUUAAUGAAAAGAUCAAGAAUGCGUUGGAUCCUAACGGAAUAUUGGCACCUGGUAAGAAUGGUAUAUGGCCCCAGCAAUAUGACAAGCAAGCUUGGGUGCUCGACGAGAGCGAGCCCGAGCCGAUGG